AUGUAUAAACAGUUCGAUCAGAUCGGUCUCUGGAGUCCGAGAAAAAAAGCAAUGACUUCAGAAUCGUUGACAAUUCGUCAUCGUACAGUUGAACGUACUGUACAAGGAGCGCAUGUUUCGCUCAAUAAAGUUAUGGCUGUUACCACCAUGAAAGAACAGCAUGAUCAUGAAAAAAAUGAAUUAACAAGAUUAAAUACACGCUUUGUUGGUUAUAUUAGUCGCGUUAAACAAAUAGAAACAGAAAAUAAACAAUUGGAAUUAAAAUUGGAUAAUUUACGUAAACAUUGGGGUUUGGAUUCGAUUCGUUUAAAACUUGAAUUUGAACAAACUUUACAACAGACACGAAAAACAAUUGAUCAAACUUCGUUUAAUAAAGCACAAGCUGAACUCGGUGCAAAACGAGCUCAAUUUAAUAUUUUAAAUUAUAAAUGUUUGUGUGAUGAUGUACAACACUGGUCAAAUGAAGAUAAAGCUAAAUUAGCAAUAUUAGAAACAUCAUUAUCAUCAAAUCAAAUAGAAUCUGAACAAUUUCAUCGUUUAAUAAAUAAAUUAAGAAAUGAUGUUGACAAAUAUCGUAGUGAUAUGAAAUAUUUAUUAGAAGAAAUUAAUCGUUUAGCUUCUGAAUUAGAUACAGAAAUAAAAGGUCGAAUUACAAUUGAUGGUGAAAUACAAACAUUACAAGAACAAAUUCAAUUUUUAACGGUAAUACAUGAACAAGAAAUGAAUGAAUUACGAAUAUUAUUACUAGGUCAUACUGGUAUUAAUCCCACAAAAUUUUAUAUAAAUGAAUUACAAAAUGCUAUAGUAGAAAUACGUAAAGAUUUUGGAAAAUUAUCACGUCUACAACAACAAGAAUUGGAAAAUUAUUAUCAACUUAAACGAACGGAACUUGUCGAACAAAUUCAACGAAAAGUUCCUGUUCGUACUGGACAUAUUGACUAUAAAGAAUCAAUAGUAACUGUUCGACAAACAAUUAUUCAAACAAAAAAAGAAAAGAAUAGUUUACAAAAUGAAUAUGAAAUUAAUUUGGCUAAAAUGAAUGAUUUACAAUUUAAAUAUGAUACAUUGAAACGAGAAAAUAGUAUUAUAAUUGGACAACGUGACUAUGAAAUUGUUGAAUUACGAAACAAAAUAAUGCAUUUAACAUCAUCUUAUGAUAGAAUUAUAUCCAAUAAAACAAUAUUAGAAUUUGAAAUUAGUACAUAUAGAAAUUUAUUAAGUGCACAAGAAGGACGUAUGCCUAUUAAACCUCCACCAAUUAUUCCAAUAAUUAAACCGGAAAUAGAAUACAGUGAAAGUGAAUCACAAUAUGUAACAAAAUUUCAACGCAGUGCGAAAGGUAUAGUUUGA